UUCAGAUUUGUCUCUUGUUGUAGGACUGUUCGUUUUCAAGCAGGGAAUGUGCUGCGAUCCAAAAUUAAAAAUGACAAACUUGACAUCACUGGAGUAUUUGGUUCAGUGUGUAAACACGACUUCCCCCAGAAAUUUUGCAACCUUAGACAUGGUGAAAGACUUGCAUAUGCAGUUUAUUUCAUGGAGAAAAUUCAAUUCGGGAACCCUUUUGAAAAAACAAUCUUCAUGUAUGACAUAGCUUGUCUCCUAUACAAAUACCUGAAGCUCAAUGGGAAGGAUGAUUUGCUGUUAGGCUACACAUUUGCUGUUCCAGUGUUCCACAGAUUUGCACAUAAUAUCCAGUGUCAGUUACAGUUUGCACAAAGGAAUGUGGAAGGCACAGGACUUGCUAAUGGUGAGGGAACUGAGAGAUUGUGGUCCUAUUUGAGAACCAUGUCGAGAAUCACCAAGGAAAUGUCAUUAGACAAUCGCCAUGAUUGUCUUGUUGACAGCUUGCAUCAUUAUGCUACAAAAUUACAGUUGAUCUUGGCUUGUCUCUUCGAAGAAGAGUGA